AUAUUCGUGAGGUCUUAAAGCCACAUAAACUUAUUGACAUAAUAUAAAAAGAGCAUGGGGAAAAGAAACUCAAGAUAUUUGUAAUCUUCAAUUUUUACGUGUGCCCAUACAAGAACAAGAAUCUUGUGUUGCAGUCUCAUCACAGUAUGUCGACCGGACAAGCACCGGAGAAGUCCAACUUUAACCGGAGACGUAGUUUGCUCAGCCGGUACUUGAAGGAGAAGGGAAGUUUCGGAGAUAUAGAUAUAGGCUUGGCUCGAAAGUCCGAUCCUCAGCUUGCCGGAAACAACAAUCACAGAGCUCAACAAAAUGCAAUAAAGAAGGCAAACAUUUCUGAAAGCAGACCUUUCAAGUUGACUCAGAAGCAGCUUUCAGUAGGUGAAACCUCUACUUCUUCCAGAGGCAAAGCCAUAGACGUCGUCUAUCUAAGUGAACCGAGAAACGUACCGGAGCCUAAAAAUUCCCAGCUGACCAUAUUUUUCGGCAGUAAAGUUAUAGUUUACAACGAGUUUCCUGAAGACAAAGCCAAGGAGAUAAUAGAAGCAGCCAAAGAAGCAAAUCCAGUUGUUGUUGACUCAAAGAAGACUCAGAAUCUUGAUAUGAACAUUAACAACGAACGCAACGUUGUGAUUCCUGAUCUGAAUGAACCCACGAGUUCUGGAAACAACGAUGAUCGUCAAACAAAAGAGGAACAUCAAGUCGUGGAACGCAUUGCAAGAAGAGCCUCUCUUCACCGGUUCUUUGCUAAACGAAAAGACAGGGCUGUGGCUAGAGCUCCGUAUCAAGUGAACCAAAACGGUGGUCAUCUUCCUCCCAAGCCACAAAUGGUCGGUCCAUCAGUAGAGGCAGGACAACCCUCACAACAGCCUGCAACACCCUCAAAACCACAGAGACAUAACGAUAUGUCGAUGGAAGUGGACGAAGAAGGACGGUGUUCAAAAGAUCUCGAACUCAAGCUUUAGGACGUAUAAAAAUUCAAGAGUGCACGUUUGCAGGUUAACUUACUGAGGAUUUGAAGCCAUAGAUUGAAUGAUUUAUAUAUUAUUUCGUUUACUUUUUGUCAAAAUAUGUAAUUCCAUCUGGUUUAGAUUCUUCGUAAUUGUAUUACAUAGUCAUACUUUCUUUAGAAUAAGUGGGAAGAUAUUUUGGCCUUUCUCUUUUAUUCCAAAAACAUUCGACAACCUUGAAAUCUCGUCUCCGGCUGCUGAAAGCAAUGUAAAUUUUCUUUAUAAUAGUAAUAUACAGAUUUUAUUUA